CAUGUCGCUGCUGCCUCGGCUUUUGCCCGGUCAAGGGCACGUUGCUCCUCGACGGAGGUCAUCGCAAAGCGGCACACUGGGCAGCGACGGUUAAAGCGAAGCCAGUCGAAGAUGCAGCGCUGAUGGAAGGAGUGGUAGCAGCAGGGCAUCCUCCUCAGCUUCUUUCCGCCUUCCACGAAAUCCUCAAGGCACACCGCGCAGUGCGGGAGAUCGCGCCGCCCCGGAGGAGGAGGUCGCCCCGGCGGCGUCGGAUGCACGGUCGCGAACGUCGGAGGAGCGUCCGCAAGGUCGAGGAGGAGCGGAGUGCGGAGCUGCGGGAGCAGAGUACGCCGGAGGGCGGGACGAUACCGAAAGCAGGAGGAAUGGCGGAGCUCGCGCGAGCCGGGGCAGGGUGCCUCACCGCAGGAAGAAGAAAAGUGAGGGGAAAGGAAGAGAAGUGGGGUGAGCGCUGUGAGGAGGAAAAGCUGUUCGUUCGCUGCGUUGGUCGCUGCGCGAACGUUUCCAAAUGAUGACCUGGCACCAGGCUCCUGUCCAGACUCGUGCAAUUUGAUUAGACGGGGCUAAGAGCAUUCCUCGAGCCAAGAUAAUCUUAUGUAAGCAGGGUAUAAGACUUGUUUGUUCGGG